CGACUGUAGACCCUCGCCGUAUAGCUUGAUCUGUUUUCGUCGUGUUAAGUUUUUUUCUACCUCGCCAAUAAAAGACACCCAACGUGAUAUCUACGCUUCUAUCAAAAAACUUUAUCUGUUAAACUGCCAGAAACGUCUCCCACGCCCCACCGCUACCAUGUCUGUCGUAACACUGCUUGGAGCAAAUAUUAUGAACAACCCUGCCAAGUUCACAGACAAGUACGAGUUUGAGAUCACCUUCGAGUGCUUGGAGCAGCUGGAGAAGGAUCUUGAAUGGAAACUCACAUAUGUCGGUUCUGCCACAUCCGACCAGUAUGACCAAGAGCUUGAUAGCCUACUGGUUGGGCCGAUUCCUGUCGGGGUCAACAAGUUCAUCUUCGAAGCGGCCGCACCCGACACGAGCAAAAUCCCCGACACAGACGUACUGGGCGUUACCGUCAUUCUUCUGACCUGCUCGUACGAUGAACGCGAGUUUGUCCGCGUUGGAUACUAUGUAAACAAUGAGUAUGAUUCGGAGGAACUCAAUGCCGACCCACCGGCCAAGCCUAUCAUCGAUCGCAUCCGCCGCAACAUUCUUGCUGAUAAGCCUCGUGUGACGAGGUUUGCAAUCAAGUGGGAUUCUGAACUCACGGCACCUGCCGAAUUCCCCCCUGACCAACCUGAGGCUGAUUUGGUAGCCGACGAGGAGGAGUAUGGUGCCGAGGAACUUGCUGAGGAAGAGGAGGAAGAGGCUGCUGCCACUGGCGCUGCAACUAAUGGCGAGGGCUCCGCUGCAACCGCCGGCCAGGAUUCGGAGAUGGCUGUUGACGGGGCUGAAGGUGCCGAGAAUGGCGCUAACGACGACGAGCUUUCAGACGAUGGCAGUGUCGACAUCGAGGGUGAGAGUGACGACGAGCUCGAAGAAGAGCUUCAGGAGGGUGAAGGUGAUGCCGGUGAUGCUAUGGACAUGGAUGUCGACAUGGACAAGCCAUCGCAGGCUUCUGGCGCUCAGAAACCUGCCGAGAUUAUGUCUCACUAAUGGAAACGAAUGUUACGACAAGACUUGCAUCAGCAGGGCGCUUGCGCGGCGUUUUUCUUUUGACGCUUUGCGUCACGUCUAGGGUGUGAUUAUCACGUUUGGCUGGGCUUGGGAAAAUACCAUUUGGAUGACGGAUGAAGUAGGACUUUACGAUUGUUUGCGUUUUAUCUUUUAUUUCUGCACCACGCUGUUGAAUGAAGAGGGAUACAGAAAGCUGGUUAGAUUAAUUAUUUGCAAUACGGCGAUCAAACUUGGCAUGAUUCCUUAUAGACACCUAGUGCAGCUACAAAUACACAGGCUGCCUUGAUGAGAAA